GCUAGGAGACUGCCCAGCAUAUACUCUGUUGCCCGCUUGAAAGACUGGCUACUUCAUGGAAAUAAGCUUUUUAAAGUUCUUGCCCUGAGGGGACUACACUAUCUUGUCAGACACCAGGAGACGAGGGAAGACAUCAAGAGCCUGUCUCCAUGCAUCUUAGACUUCUUACGUGAAACUGACGAGAAGGUUGUUUUGUUGACCAUCCAGAUACUCUUGCAGCUCGUCAGGACAAUGGAUUUCACCACCCUGACUGCCAUGAUGAGGACCUCGUUCUCCUUAUUUGGUGAUGUAAGACCUGAUGUUCAUCGUCUGUCCAUGACCCUCUUUGGAGCCUCUGUAAAGUCUGUGAAAUACACAGAUAAGAAGCGUGUAGAGAGCCAAGUUCUGGACAGCUUGGUCCCACUACUUCUGUAUUCCCAGGAUGAAAAUGAUGCAGUAGCUGAGGAGAGCAGGCGAGUCCUAACCAUAUGUGCCCAGUUCCUGAAGUGGAAGCUUCCCCAAGAAGUGUACUGCAAAGAUCCCUGGUACAUCAACCCUAGUGACAUUGGAAUAAUCUGCAAAUUCUUUGUAUAUCUGAGAAAGCUGCUGCAUGACCCCGAGCCCUCUCUGCGCAUCAUCACCACCCAGGCUCUGUUGCAAAUCCACAAGUUCGGGGCUGAGCCAGAUCCCAGGCAGACAGCUUGA